AUGUCGGUGUCGAGACCGCAGCUUUCGCUGUGGGAGAAGAGAGACCUGGUCUUUCGUUUGCUGUUCCGUGCUCCGAUACAAUUGGCGUGGAAUUUCUUUUAUGGCAUCCCGUUUGCCAUCGCGAGAGGCGUCUCAAUUCGCCUCUUCGCCUUCUGCGCCUACUAUCGUUUCGCCCUCGGGUCGAUGAGAGCGCGCGAGAUACAGUUCUUGAUCCCUCCUUCAAUCAAGACGUACGAGAAAUGGAUCGCGAAGAAGCAGAAACGUCACCCAGAGCUGGCAGACAAGCUGCAAAAGAAGAUUGAGCCACUCCCUGCUAAUGAUGGCUCAAUCUUGUGGAUCGGCAAUCGUCAGAAGGCCACCAAGUUUGUCUUGUUCUUCCAUGGCGGUGGAUACGUGGUGCCGCUUCUUCCCGGACAUCUCGACUGGUGCUGGAAUGCGUAUGUCAACGGCGGUCCCGGAGCUAACGCCGAGGUUGCUGUUGCCGUCUUGCAGUACACUCUCGUACCCGAAGCGCGGUAUCCCACCCAGCUUCGCCAGGCCAUCGCGGCGCUCAAUCAGCUUAUCCUCUCCGGCGUCAAACCCAAUGAUCUUCUCAUCGGUGGUGACUCGGCGGGAGGAAACCUAGCCUGCUCCGUCGUCCGCCACAUCUGCCACCCAUGCCACCUCGAGAUUCCGGCCCUGCGCCUCGAGAACCGCCUCGCAGGCGUGUUCCUCGUGUCGCCCUGGCUCAGCAGUAAGACGACGGCGCCAGCAUUCAAGGAGAACAACUACGUCGACAUGCUCACCACGACGUGCAUGUCUCGCGCCACGGCUGAGCUCCUUCACCCGCGAUUUCCCGUGCGAAACAAGUCCGAUGAGAGCGACCUCGCCAUGGCGAUGCCUAUGGACGGCGACAUGGCGUGGGUGGAUGAGAUAUCCACGGCGACCAAGAGUCUGUACAUUACUGGAGGUCAGCAGGAGGCUUUCAGAGAUGACAUUCGCGCGUUCUCGGAGCAUGUCAGCUGUGGGAACAAUGAUCUGGAUCUACUGGUCGAAUUGCCGGAACGCGAAGCUCAUGAUUUUAUCUUGCUUGAGGGUCAGACUGGUCGUGUUGGUGAUGCGACGGUGAGGAUGAGGAACUGGGCCACUACGCAGCUGAGCACCGGGCGCGCUUCAGUCUGA